AUGUAUACUAUAGAUAGUGCUUCUUCAUUACAAUCGAUCAGAAUUCUUUAUAUUCCUCCAUAUUAUGAAAAUCAUCUUGAAUUAGCAUUUGAUAGAUUAAGAACCGAUAAUAAAAAUGUCAGUUAUCAAAUAUAUACUAUUGAUAGAACAUUUUCAACAUCUAAUUUGAAUUUUUUAUUAUCCAUGUGUCGAACUGUUAUCAAUGAAGAACAUAUACAAAUGCUUGUUACUGAUAGUUCUAUAGGUCAAUUAGUAGUAGCUAAAUUGUGCCAAGAAUAUCCGCAAAUUAGUAAUGGUGGAAUGAAUUUUUUGAAUACGCUUCAUUGUAUUAGUCGACUGUUAAUAACAGAAUUAUUUGAUAUUGAUGAAUGCAUACCGACAGUAUGUCUUGAUAUAGCAGACGAUUCAAAAACGAAUUUACAACGGAUAGAAACAUUUUUAUCGAGCAAUAAAAUUGAUGGAUAUAUAAAAUCAUUAUAUAGUUAUGAUAACGAAUCGUCUAGUUUUCGUUUUUCAAAUUGGAGUAAUCACAAAGAGAUUAUUAAUAAUUGUAUUGAACGUUAUAAGCAACAAUUUAUGAACAGUCUACUGCCACUUUUUCGUGUCUAUGUUUCAAAACAACAAUAUCCAUCCGUGUUCAAACCGAGUUAUCUCGUUCAACCGUUUUUUGAUCUUGUUACAUAUCCACAUUGGCGUAUGGUUAUUGCUAAUUGUUGUAUUUAUGAUAAAGAAAUAAUUAUGUGGCCACUAGUCGAUGGUUAUUCAGGAUGGCCAUUUCUUGCCGAAAAACCACUAGCAAUUAUGCCGAUCAUUAUUUGUCCAAGUCGACAAAUUUCAAACGAACAGCAAAAUAUAGUUUAUGCACGUUUUCGAAAACAUGUGCAUCAUCUCAUUAAAAACUAUCAUCUUCGUCAUGGUUGGAUUCAAUGUUCGUAUUUUAUAUCAUGUACAAAUGAAAUACGUUUAGUGUCAAUGAAACCGACUUGGUCUGUUUAUUUAACUGAAGGAUUUAAUUCUACGAAUGAAUAUGGAAAUCCAAUCAUGGCUCUUGUUCAACUGGCAAAUCGUCAACGACCUCAGGCACCGGUUCUGAAUGGUAGAACUGCGUAUAUUCAUCGAUUAUGGAUGAAUAUUCAAGAAAAACAUUGUAUUAACGAUCUUAUUGAUUUCAAAGAAAUUAAACGCAUUCAACGAACAAGUAAUUCUCUAAGUCGUUAUGUUCGAUUACGUUUUCAAGACAAUGAUAUGAUCAAUAAUGAUAACGAACGACAAAAUUUUAUUGAUUGUGGUUUUAUUCAAGUAAAUGGUGACUAUUAUGAAAUGGGUCUAACGAAUUUAAUUGAAUUUCGUUAUAAAUUAUUGAAAAAAUCUGAAUUAUUUCCUUUUGUUCAUCAUUCAAUGUUAUCUGCUAGUCAAUCUCAAUUCGAUCCUAUAACGUGUUUACCAACGAACGAGCUAAUUACACAAUUAGAAAAAUUACGACAACAAGAACACAAAGAUUUAAUCUAA